AUGGAAGCAUAAAAAGAGAAUUAAAAACUACUACGGAUAAAUGCUUACCCUUGCUGGUAAUGAAAAAUGCAAAAUAAUUAAAACAAUACAUUUGAUAUUUUCAUCUUCAGCAACCAAUUAUCGGUAAAAGUGUGGUUAAGCUAGAACUUUUAGUCAUUACUAAUGGGAGUUUUUAAAAAAAAUCUUUUCUUCUUUUUGGUAAGUAACAUUUAACCAAGUAAUUCCAGUUCUGAGCUAUGAAAAAAGAAAGAGUAGAGCUUUAGUGUCAGACAAAUCUGGGUUUAAAAUCUUGGCUUUGCCACUUCCUAAAGAUGGCCUUCGUUUUCCUCAUAAUACUCUCUCCGGGUUGGCAGCUUGUAAAAGGUGGUCUUUAUAAGUGGUUUCAGAAAAUGGAAACUAAGCUAAUGGCCCUUCUCCUGCUAUGAGCACAGAAAAGGGCUUCCCUGGUGGCUCAGCUGGUACAGAAUCCACCUGCAAUGUGGGAGACCUGGGUUUGAUCCCUGGGUUGGGAAUAUCCCCUGGAGAAGGGAAAGGUUACCCACUCCAGUAUUCUGGCCUGAAUCCCAUGGGGAGGGAGUCCAUAGGGUCGCAAAGAGUCAGACACGACUGAGCAACUUUCACUUUCAAUGUAAAAGAAACUAGAUAGGUUUGAGUUCAUGUUGAUGUUUGGCAGAAACCAACACAAUUUGUAAAGCAGUUAUCCUUCAAUUUUAAAAAGUUAAUUUAAAAAAUUACGUAGCUUUGAAAGAAAUCAGAGGAAACCAAAACCUUGGCAGUGAGCCUGCCUGGGGCGGGGUGGUGGGAGCUAGACACUGUUGGGCACUGGGGACGUGCCAUUGUAAAGAUGUAGGAUUUUAUUCAAGAACUAUGAGGAGGCUUUGGAAGGUUAACAGCUAGUUUUCCCUUUUCACCUGGGGUGUUUAUUUUCCCUUUCUGGAAGAUUCCACUGGGUGGCCAAGUGGAAAGGCCAUUGGAAUAAACUGAAUAAAAAGUUUUAAAGACACGGUGCUCUUUUCAAUGGAAUUACCUUAUGGGAAGGCAGUGAAAGGUCUGAUUUCAUAAGCAGUCCCAGGGAGUGUUUGCUUGUCACCCUGGUGUGAUCAUCACCCUGGAGUUUCUGUGAUGCCCAGCACCAUCCCCCCCUCUUCACACACACACACAAAGCACUGCUCGGGGAGGAGCGGCUUCACAGACUGGCUUUGGAGUUCAGAACCGAGACCCUUGCUGUUCAGAUCUCCUAAUUCCUAGUAAAAUGCAAUUGUAAUCGUCUUAUAAUACAGCAAAUAAUUUAACAGAAUAACUUAUAGAUUUUUAUCUUUAUUGUUUUGCUUUUAGAGAUUGUCCUUUUCUUUCAGAAAUAAAAAGUGUCUUUUAACGUCAUGAAACAGCUGUAAGGAGAAACAACAGAAACAGACUAUGGCUUUUCCUUUAUAUAAAGUUCUGUUAUACUUUACUAGUAACUCUCCUCAAUGGAGAUGAAAAGCAGUUUAUUAUAAAUAAUAAUUUAGGAGUCAUGGCUUGAAUGUAUUACGUCCCAAGCAACACAUCUUAAAAGUGGAAGUGGAAUUAAGUAUGAAAGCACAUUCUCAAUCGAAGAACACCAAGAAGUUUCUUAUUUCACCCUAAAUGUUUGUUAAUUUUUAAAACAGACCAUUUUAGCAACAUUUUAGGUUAGUAAAAUGAAAAACAGAUCUUAAAAUACAUAAAACAAGCAUUUUAGGCAAAGAUCCAGUAUAUAUGGUUGUGUACAAUCUGAGGGAGAGUCAUCUAUUUCCUGAAAGGGCUCAUGCCUGUGGAUAAAACAGUAAGCAUAGCUUACAAAUAGGCUGUAUCUCUCCCCUCCCCCCCACCGGCUCUUGGAGUGCUUUAAUUAGAAAGAUACUAAGGUAGAUUAAAGUCUUAGCCAUGCUCAAAUUCCUCCCUUGACCUGGAGGAAACCACAGCCGAUGAGAAUCUGCUAUUAACCAAACACUGUCGAAAGUUUUCUCCAAAUACACUAAUGAGUUUAAACAGAGCACCUAGGAAGUGACUGCGUUUAAGAGGAAAAAAGUGUGAAAGUGUUAGUCACUCAGUGGUAUCCGACUCUGCAACCCCAUGGAGUGCAGCCCACCAGCUUCCUCUGUCAUGAAAUUCAGGCAAGAAUACUGGAGUGUGUAGCCAUUCCCUUCUCCAAGGGGAUCUUGACCCAGAGAAGGAAAGUGGGUGUCCUGCAAUGCAGGCUAAUUCUCUACUAUGUGAGCUACCAGGAAGAGGAAAAUACCCAAUCCCCACCGAUGACCUGACUCACCCGUGUUCUUACCUUCUGGGUCAGAGCUUUGCAAGUGUCCAGCACAUUGUUUCCAUGCAGAAGUGUACCUUUCAGUGCAGGAGCAAGCUAGGCUAAUCUUCCAGGUGCAAGUGAAAGACCCUCUGAUUUGCCCUUCACACUUGCCCUGGUUAGGUAUUUGUGUCCAGGACCCAGUAACCACUGAAACAGCAUAGGAUUCAAGCAGACCAAAACACAAAUCCUUACAUAGUCCUGAGAGUCCAGUGAGAUAAAAUGAUGGAUCAAAGGAUUAUUUUUGCUAAAUAAAGCAUUUUAGGUUUUGCAUGUCACUGGAUUCAGUUCUCAACAGGAUGUUGUCCUCAUGGGCUAGAAUUUGGAACCACACCACAGUCAUAUAAUCAGUCACCUCCAAUUCAUUUAAUUGAAACAACCCUUGAUGAAGCCCUACUGCGCUUAUAAUUUAAACCUUAGAAAUGGGAGAGGGAUGGAUAAUGUGAAGGAUUCUUCUUUCCCCCUCUGAAAUUAGCUUAGUGUACUAAUUCAGAAAGUAGUUGGUUGCAUCUGAUUGCAUGCCUCGGUAAUCAGAGCCAUCUGCCUCUCUGUGCUAAGGAGUUCACCUCUUUAAUCCAGCUUAGAGCCCACAAACCACUCCUCGCUAUCAUUAUGCCCUUGAAUAGAUGAGGCUGCGCAGAGUCCUUUGCUUUUGAACGUGUUGCUAUCACUGAAAAUACUUGGGGAUUUUGUGAUUUGUUUGUUUUCUUUUGAGUUUUCUCGGAGUGUUUGGUUUUCUUUCUCCGGGGGCAGACACAAUGGCUUUCCUUAUGAAAACUAUGAUAAGUAACCAGGUGAAAAAUUUAGGACUCGGUGGUGGGUCUGAAGAAAAAAAAGAAGAAGGAGGAGCGUCUGACUCCGCAGCUGCUCAAGGGAUGAGUCGAGAGGAGUAUGAGGAGUACCAGAAGCAGAUCAUCGAGGAAAAGAUGGAAAGAGAUGCUGCGUUUACACAAAAAAAGGCCGAGAGGGCGUGCCUCAGAGUUCACCUCAGAGAAAAGUACAGACUCCCAAAGAGUGAGAUGGAUGAGAACCAGAUCCAGAUGGCUGGAGACGAUGUGGAUUUGCCCGAAGACCUCCGGAAAAUGGUAGAUGAAGAUCAAGAAGAGGAAGAAGACAAGGAUUCUAUCCUUAGGCAGCUACAGAACCUUCAGAACAUGGACUUGGACGCCAUCAAAGAGAAAGCCCAGGCCACCUUCUCGGAAAUCAAGCAGACGGCGGAGCAGAAGUGCGCUGUGAUGUGAGGCGGGCGGGCACCGAGGAGGCCCAGUCAAGGCGGAAGCGACCGCUCUCCUGCGCGGCGCUUCCAACAGCAUCGACAUUAGCGUAGUGAACGGUUAAGAAAACCGUGAGGAAACUCGCAGCCAACACGUAGAGGACACCUCGGUUGCUCUAAACGUUCCGGUAGCGCCCCUGGCAGCAGGAAUCACGCUGUCCUUUUAGUUGUGAAUCUGACGAAGCCUGAGCUUUUCAGCCGUGAAUGAGGCAGAACACGCGUCUGCUUAACGGUCUGUAGGACGGCCAGGAAGAAACAAAAGCAAACGGUGUUUCAUCUCCGACUUUCUGCAGACAGGACAAGGUCCUGACUCUGUCCAACCAUUAAGCAGGACUCCGGGUCCCUUCAGAGAAAGACGUGGAAGGUCAGGGUGCCCCCCGGAGCCCAGACUGCAGGCUAAGGGCCGUCAGAGAUCACACCACCUCUGUCUCCAGGAUGCCAUUGAUGCUUCUCAUGGAUGCUUGCACGAAGCCGAAGGGCAGGGAUGGGGGAGGAGACGAGAGAGGAGGCGGAGAGGAGACCUGGCCGGCGUUUGCACCGCAGAUCACCCUUCCAGAAGGGUGGGAAGAAUGGAUUUGGGUGGAGGUGGGAGGCUGGGGAGAGGGGCAGCUUAGAGGCCGGUGGGGGGCCAUGGGGAGCACCUGGAACGGCCAGCCCUGGUCCAGUAUUCGGUGUCAGCUCCUCUUGGCUGACCUUGGUAACAGCACCGGACCGUGAGAGUGGGCAAACAGCACGGAGACCUUAAAUCAGCCCGUGUGCGUGUCUCUCUCAUCCUCCUCUCCUCUCUGGCCCCUCUCCCCACCUUCCCUGCUUUUUCUUUCCUGUCCCUCAGACACUCACCUCACUCCCUCACCCUAGCUUCCAACAAACUCUGCUGUCUUUCUCUGCCACAGUCCUCCAGGCUACAGUCAACCCUCAUAUCCACAGACCCGGGACCCAGACAUAUGGAGGGAUGACUGUCCUGUGCGGGGUUAUACAAGAGACCUAAGCAUCCUCGAAUGCUGUGUUCGCGGCAGGUUCUAGAAUCCUUGGCAGACAUCCAGGAACAACUGUAUACAUGGAUUUUUUUUUUUUUUUUUUUUUUUUGCCUAACAUUUGCUCUCUUUCAAAGGAAAUGACCCAGAAGAUUUAGAACAUUUACCUCUGAAGCACUUAGAACUGUUUAACCAAACCAAACUCAAAACAAAAUUCUAGUUUUUGUUUUUUUUUUUUUUGGCUAUGCCAUACGUCUUGCAGGAUCUUCCCCAACAGGGACUGAACCCCGGCCCACGGCAGUGAAAGCAGGAAAUCCUAACUAAUGGAAUGCCAGUGAACCCCCAAAUACUGGUUUUUCAAUGAAUGGUACAGAAAAAAAUAAUUGCCAAAGACCAAUUUUAUCAAGAAGAAUUGCUCUAUCAGAGGAAAAGGGAACUAAGACGCAAAAGUUAGGGGCUAACCUGUUCUCUGAGCAGAGUUCCUGAAUGUGAUAUAUAAGAAAAAACUUCAUGUAUGAAAACAUGUUAAUAAAAUGAAUUACUAGGGGUCGAGAACCCAUGGUCCUUGGCAAAGUGUAGCCCCUCUUGUAAGUUCCUGGGAGAAUACUGGUAUGAUGUUUGAGGGUAAUUAGCCUUCAAGUCCACUUCGUCCAUUCAGGCUGUUGUAAUAAGACACCAAUAGACUGGGCGGCUUAUAACAUUCUCACUUUAUCCUCACGCGGUGGAAGGGGCAGGGAGCUCAAAGAGUGGGCUCUCUUUUAUAAGAGCACUAAUCUCAUAAUACACUAAUACACUGAGAAUACACUAAUAUAUUCAGUGCCCUGAAUAUUCAUUGGAAGGACUGAUGCUGAAGCUGAAGCUCCAAUACUUUAGCCACCUGAU